UCCGGGUGGCAAAACCCUACCUGUGCUGAAAACUAUGACCAAAACCUGUUCUGUUUGGGGUUGCACCGCCAGAUACGCCAAAAACGGUUUUGGUUUUUUUCGAUUUCCUUCCAAAAAAUCCAAAUUGAUCCAGCGGAAUCUGUGGGUGACGAGGAUCAGGCGAGUGGAUGUCGUCACAGACUGGGAACCGAACGUCCAUCAUCGGGUUUGCGGAAGACAUUUUCUCGCAGGUUGUCCGAACCCGGACCCCGGCCACCCCGAUUUUGCUCCGUCGCUACACCUGCAGCCGGAACCAGCCGGGUCCAGUCCAAGCGCGUCCGCUAAGAAGAGAGCGACAGAUAAACGCGCUCGCUACCGACCGGACGGCGAACGGCGGGAUUGUGCGGCUCACAACCGAGACAAACGGGAAGCCGUCGGGGACGAGCGAGCGGGUAAUCGUUCCGCGGCGAGGAGAAGAUGCAAUUGUAGCGUCCCUCGGUGCUCCAGAAUUUCUCAGCCGUUUCCCUACUUGAGCUUUCGCUCGUUUCCAGAGGCUCCCGAAACACGGGGCAACCGGAAAGAGGCCAGCGGCAGGGACCGAGGGCCCGCUUUUCAAAUGGCGCGUGGCCCGACCUUGGCGUUCAGCCGCCGUUUUGCGCCGGGUGACGUGUACGCCUCAGCCGCGGACCGGGUGCGGAUCAGGCCGGGAGCCGUACCCUCCCGAGCCCCCUGGAACUCCUUCGGGAUAAGUUCGCCCAUAGCAGAGGCCGUCGACGUCCGUCUCAACACCGCCGACGUCCCGUUGGCCCGCCCAGAGGAGGCGGGGCUUGCCAGUACGGUGGAACAAGACCACGCCUACGCCUACGCCCCCACUGCCGCGCUAGCGGGGAAACAAAAGGCGGCCGCCCAGAAAGAGGCGGCGUCACAGCCCCUCCAUGUCGGAGAGGAAGGGGAGGAGCCUGAGCCCGUCGGCGUCAAAGAGGGAGAGGAAGACUGCGGCGUCUCUCGGGAGGACAUCAUCGAGGUCCAAGUGAAGAGUGAAGACGAAGCUGAUUGGUCACAUCAAGUUGUUCUCGUCCGGCCGUAUUCAAUAGCGGAACCAAACCCAAAACAAUUUUAAAGCAAGAAUACAUUGGAUGUGCCAGCACUAGUUAACCGCAAUACUCUGAUGAAUUGUUGUUGUUGUUGGGGAAAAAAAAAAAAAAAUCACUCAUUAAUUACUCCCUAAUCACUAGAAUUAGCAACAACAUUCUGAUUUAUAACGUCUGGAUGGAAUGGCCAUUUCAACUGAAGUACAAAGCACCAGCAAAUCUUUAAAAAUAUUAGUUUUUUUACACAUAUAAUAAACUGAUUACAAAACGAUGAAAUGGAAACAAGUAAUAAAACUUGUUUGUGGCAUUAUGUGUACAGCACGUGGAAAACAUGCCAUGUUGACCUAGUGACAAACGUGCACCAUUUAGUCAAUAUCGCUACAAAUGACAAGCAGAUACAAAUGACAAACAGAUAAGUAAAUCUUCACAAGUCAGUAGUCUUUUUAUAUGUUGAAAAGUGUAAGUAUGAAUCUAACCGUUUCAAAGUCUCAGACAAACUAAUGAGAUUGCGCCACAAGGUAGCACUUCAUGGUCAUAUUUGGAAAAAUAUGUCAUGUUUGAGACUACGGCAGAAUGGCACAUGACCAGAGAGAGACAAUCACAAGUGUCUGCUUUAGAAGGAGGACGCGAUAUAAAGAAAAAAAAUAAUAAUAAUCAAACAUUUUGCAGCUAUUUUUCAAAUGGAAAUUUCCAAAAGCAACUAAUUGCAAUCACGCAUUUUCUUCCUGUAAUCGAGUGGACUACAAUUUCAUACAUUUUGUCAUUCAAUUAUGUAAUCUGGUAACGUAAUGCAAUUAAGUUACUCCGCAGCACUGGCGAUAAUGAACCGGUGCAUUUCAGCACAUUUGUCUGACGUGAGGAUCGGCGAUGACGAGGAUGCGUUUGGUGCGGUGCGUCCUCAUGUGCGACAUCAUGUGUCCUUUCUGCGAGAAGCGUUUCGAGCACAACGCGCACGAGAACGGUUUUCCGCCCGAGUGCGUCCUCACGUGCGUCACCAGAUGUCCUUUCUGAGAGAAGCUUUUGCCGCACAACGAGCAGGCGAAAGGUUUUUCUCCCGUGUGCGUCCUCAUGUGCGUCAGCAGGUUUCCGCGCCGCGAGAAUCUCUUGGGACACAUGGAGCAGGAGAACGGUUUCUCUCCGACGUGCGUCCUCAUGUGUUCCAGUAGCGCCGAUCGAUGAUAAAAAUUGGUGUUACAAAAGCUGCACGGAGAAGGUUUGUCGUGGUCGUGCGUUGCUUUGUGUCUCAUCAAAUGUCCCUUCUGAGAGAAUCUGCCGCUGCAAAGCGAGCACGCAAAAGGUUUUUCCCCCGUGUGGACGCGGGCAUGAACCAGCAGAUUGGCACUCUGGCUGAAGCUUUUACCGCAAACUGAGCAGCCGAAAGGUUUUUCUCCCGUGUGGAUCCUCGUGUGAGUUACGAGAUUUCGCUCAUGAACAAAACUCUUCCCACAUUCGUAACAUUUGAAACGUUUUUUACUCUCGUCGGAAUGCUUGAAAGCUUUAUUUUCUUCGCUGCGAUCAUCCAUAUCGCGAGAUUCAUCUUCAUAAUCUGACAGUGGAGCCAAAAUGGCGUCUGCUUCUGAUCCGGCAUCUUCUGCUUGUGUGGUCACGUGAUCACUUGACUGCGCCCCGCUGUUCUCCUCAUGAAGAUGUGGCCAAUCAGCUUCUUCGUCCUCCUCAUCCUCUCGCUUCACGUGGACGUCCGCGUCCUCCCGACUGAUGUCGCGUUCCUCCUCUUCCUCCUUGAUCAACGGGCGCUCCUGUUCCUUAUCCUGCGCCUCCUCUUUAACAAUCGUCACCUUUAGCACGUCUGACGGGAGAGCUGAAACAGAAAAAAGACAAACAUCCGAUGAGUUCGUAGCGCAACGAUUAUUCCAGAAGCUCCGAUCAUUUGAUUCGAAAAAAAGGUCGCCGUGAUCAUUUGUACACGCAAAAUAAAGUUACAGCAGACACGCCAUCAAAAACAAUACUGUACCAUGUUUUUUUUAAGUACCGGUAUUAAAUUAUAAUCAAUAAAUGUAGCCACAGCGCUCUCCAAGUCUGUGUAUCAAGUUUUUGGGGCGUGUGCGCAAGACGGAGAAAUACAGUGUAAACUUGUAUAUACAAAUAAAAAACAUAUCUUAAAUGUUCAAUACUGUAGUGUUUA